CGGCGGGCGGGGGCGGCGCGGGGGCGGCGCGGAGGCGGCGGGGCGGCGGGGCGCUUAGCGGGCGGCGUCGGGGCCUCGGCCUCAGCCCUCGGCGCGCUCCGAGCUCCGGGCGCUGCGCCCAGGGCGCACGGCGGGGAGAGCGCGGCGCCGGCCGCCCGCCAUGGAGCCGGCCCCCGCCGCCGCCGCCGGGCUGCAGCCCCCGCUCCUCGCCACGGCCCCGGACGCCUUCCCCAGCGCCUUCCCCACCGCCUUCCCCGGCGGCUUCCCGGGCGCCAUCCCCACCGCCUUCCCCGGCGCCCUCCCCAGCGCGGCCGCCAACGCGUCCGGGCCGCCCGGCGGCCGCAGCGCCUCGUCCCUCGCGCUGGCCAUCGCCAUCACCGCGCUGUACUCGGCCGUGUGCGCCGUGGGGCUGCUGGGCAACCUGCUCGUCAUGUUCGGCAUCAUCCGGUACGCGAAGAUGAAGACAGCCACCAACAUCUACAUCUUCAACCUGGCCUUGGCAGACGCCUUGGCCACCAGCACGCUGCCCUUCCAGAGCGCCAAGUACCUGAUGGAGACGUGGCCCUUCGGGGAGCUGCUCUGCAAGGCCGUGCUCUCCAUCGACUACUACAACAUGUUCACCAGCAUCUUCACGCUCACCAUGAUGAGCGUGGACCGCUACAUUGCCGUCUGCCACCCUGUCAAGGCCCUGGACUUCCGCACACCCGCCAAGGCCAAGCUCAUCAACAUCUGCAUAUGGGUCCUGGCGUCAGGUGUUGGUGUGCCCAUCAUGAUCAUGGCUGUGACCCGUCCCCGGGACGGAGCGGUGGUGUGCACGCUCCAGUUCCCCAGCCCCAGCUGGUACUGGGACACGGUGACCAAGGUCUGCGUGUUCCUCUUCGCCUUCGUGGUCCCCAUCCUCAUCAUCACCGUGUGCUACGGGCUGAUGCUGCUGCGCCUGCGCAGCGUGCGCCUGCUGUCGGGCUCCCGGGAGAAGGACCGCGGGCUGCGGCGCAUCACGCGCAUGGUGCUGGUGGUGGUGGGCGCCUUCGUGGUGUGCUGGGCGCCCAUCCACGUCUUCGUCAUCGUCUGGACGCUGGUGGACAUCGACCGCCGCGACCCGCUCGUGCUGGCCGCGCUGCACCUGUGCAUCGCGCUGGGCUACGCCAACAGCAGCCUCAACCCGCUGCUCUACGCCUUCCUGGACGAGAACUUCAAGCGCUGCUUCCGCCGCCUCUGCCGCUGGCCCUGCGGCCGCCCCGAGCCCGGCGCCUUCGGCCGCGCCCGGGAAGCCACCGUCCGCGAGCGGAUCACCGCCUGCACCCCGUCCGAGGGUCCCGGGGGCACCGCUGCCUGACCGGCCCGGCCGGCGCACGGCGCGCCCCUCCGGAGGGACCUGGAGGCCACACCGAGGGCGAAGGGGGGGUGGCGGGGGCCAGGGAGCCGCAGGAGGAUGGGGGGGGGGGGCUCUGUUUUGAAAAACAGACCCAGGUUUGAGAG